GCAGUUCCGGUUGAUUCGGAGACACACUCAUUGUCGUUGUUGUUUUUGAUGGAGGAGGUCCUUCAUUAUGUCGCUCGUUUUCGCGCCAUUUUUUAAUCACGUGGUGAUGGAUGAUCAUUCUGGAUACUUUUGUGGGUUGGAGAAAUAUAAUAAAAAAAGGAACACACAACCCCGGAGAGAAAGAAGAAAGAAAAAAAAGGCUAUUAUAGAAUAAGAAUGAGUUGCUGUUGCUGCUGCUGCUGUCCCGACGGGAAAAGGGCCCCGCUCUGCCCAUCUUCUAGUUGCUGUGAUCAUAAAACAAAAAAACCAUUUAGCUACCGGUUCGCCUUCUUUCUUCUCGGAGAGGCUGUGCGAGGACUCUCUCCUCCAGUCGAUUUCAGGCUUCAUCUUACCUCAUUUUCAUCUAAGGAGGGUCUACUACACCCAGGGUUAUCUGCGCCAAUAAAGUUGUGAUUGGUAUUGAGUGAGGUACGCUCAGGAGUCGAUGGGUCCCAAUCGAACGAUUGAUUCCCCAUAUAUAAUGCGAUUCGAUAUAGAACACGGAUGGUGAAUUGACCGGAUGGUGGCUAUAAUGGGCAGCAGUAUGAGCACUGCAGACGACUCUGAUGAUGGAAGCUUUCAUCAUUCCAAAGGAAAAAUGAUUCAACUUGGAAGAAGGAAAAAAACGGAGGGCAUCAGUGGGCGUGUCUAUUGCUCGUCCAAGUCCCAACCAAUAGGAAGCCACCAUGCAGCUGCUGCCUGUUUUUAACUUUGCCGGGGUGCUGGUCAUAUUUUUAACUGGAAAGUGUGUGGGGAGAAAAAACCAGUUGGACACUCGCAAAGUUCUUCAGUUGUGCUCCGCUGCUCACAGCUUCAACUCGUCGUCUUCAACUCGAGUGUGUGUGAGACCCGAGUUGUCCAGCACUCGUCCCCAUCGCCACCUCAGGAAUUUCAUAUUACAACUCUCGUACGUAGAAGAAGAAAAUUUAAAAAAAUGACGCUGACCGGAAUGAACAACACCAUGGCAAGACCCUGCACCUACACCACCGGCUAUCCCUUUCAAGGUCAGGGACGUGUUAAUCAGUUGGGCGGAGUCUUCAUCAACGGACGUCCAUUGCCCAACCACAUCCGAUUGAAGAUUGUCGAACUGGCGGCCGCUGGCGUCCGUCCCUGCGUCAUUUCCAGGCAAUUGCGCGUCUCUCACGGAUGCGUUUCCAAGAUCCUCAAUCGCUACCAGGAGACUGGAAGCAUCCGGGCCGGAGUCGUUGGCGGUGCCCGACCCAAGCACAGCCUCCAGCCAGACAUCCAGCGCCGCAUCCAGGCUUACCGCAUGGAGAAUCACGGCAUCUUUUCCUGGGAAAUUAGAGACAGGUUGAUCAAGGAGGGACUUUGCGAGCGCUCGACAGCCCCUUCGGUGAGUGCCAUUUCUCGCUACCUGCGCGACACCUCCGAGGACCAUCACAAAUCCGAAUCAUCAGGUGUUUCGGGCAUUAGUUACGGAAUGAUGAGCCAUCCAGGCGACGGAUCUUCAUCGUCGUCUGGCGACGGAAUGGAUGAAGAUGGAUCGGGUUCCGACUGCGAUUCGGAGCCGGGCAUCCCACUCAAGCGAAAGCAGCGCCGCCACCGGACUACCUUCACCGCCCAGCAGAUGGACGAGCUGGAAAAGGCCUUUGACCGCACCCAGUAUCCGGACGUUUACACCCGCGAGGAACUGGCCCAGCGCACCAAAUUGACGGAAGCUCGGAUUCAAGUUUGGUUCAGCAACCGACGCGCUAGAUUGCGCAAACAAAUGUCUUCCUCAUCAGCCUCAUCCGGCAAUGGAUCCUCGUCUCCGUCGUAUUCCAGUUCGGCUUCCGCUUCAUCUUCCAGCGGAAUGAUGAAUUCCAACAGCAUCAGCCCAACCAGCGGCGCCGGAAUGAUGAUGUCCGCCAAUAUCGGCUCGACCGGAAUGGGUCUGCCGAAUGCGGCCUCUUCUCCUUACCAACAGCAUCCGCACGAUACCAUCCAUCACCAUCACUCUAUGACGGCCAACAGCACUGAAGUGCCUUCGGCUGUCCACCAACAGCCGCUCUACUCGGUUCCGCCCGCCUUCGCCGCUGCAGCUCCGGCCGCUUCGCCUUCUCUACCAUCCAACAAUCCUUACGUCACUUCUCUGGCCUCCCACCACCAGAUGGCCAAUACGAUGAUGAACUACCCGUACACUCCGCAAGAGAGUAGCAAUUGGUAUCAGCACCAACAACACCAGCACCAGGCUGCGGUCCAGCAACAAGCUUCCAUGAUGAUGCCGGCUACCAACCCAACUUCCGCUGUUGCAUCUUUCAGCAACGGCAAUCGGACGCCGAUGGCUCAUCCGCACGCCAUGUCUCAUCACCAUCUCAACCACUCUGCAUUCACAGCAUCCAUGUACGGAUGGUAUUGAUCCGCCUUGUAACUCUUCCAUCCACUUUUUUUUCUUUUAAUGAUAAAAAUUUAUAGCCUUGAUAUAUAUUUUGAGUAGAAUUUUUAGAAUGGCAUAUUUUUAAAAACAGAUCACGGUCGACUGGCCGUCAACAAUUUCAUGGCGCUACAGUUAAACCUUUUUUCUUGCCCAUUUUCCCGGUAAGAAAAGAAUCUUUUUUCAAUGACGAUUGACUUGGCGACAGGUCUUGUUAGACAGCGUCGCGUUCAAUUGUUUUUCUCACCCCCGCAAUGCAAAAAAGAAACAACGGCGACUUUUUCACAAAAUAAAAAGCGACAAUGAAAAUCGUGUCGACUUGUGUCGGCCGUUCCCUUUUGUUUGAUUUCCUUUCCGUUCGGUCACGCUCCAACUGCCUUCAAACUACCCAAUCUAUUUGAAUUCAGUUUUCUUUAACUUUUUUACCACCAGCAGUAUUUCAAACAAAGAAGUGUCUUAUAUAUUUAUAUGAACGUGAUAUUUCUCAUUUCUGUGCGUUUGUUUUAUCCGUAAUGCGAUUGAUGAUAUGAUGACCAUUUUUUGAUAUUCUAUUAAAUGACUUAAAUUGUACUCUCUCGGCUCAUUUUCACAUGUCACCUGCUGGCCUGGCUACACCUGCUUCACUCCUAUUUUUUAAAAAACAUUCUGUCUCGAAUGGUUUUCUGAUUGAAUACAGAAUUCUCCCAAGAUGUCUAGAAUGUGUUCCAGUCGGUUGAGUUGAUCGAAUCUCUGCCCACCUGAACAACCGAAGGUCUAUAACGUUUUUAAUAGGUUUUUCGAUGUUUUUCUAAAUGUGGAUCGGUGACGUUGGUGGCCAGGAGCAGCUGCCGUUGUUGCGACAGACUGAGUAACCAACAGCGCCGAGUUUGAUCCAAUACAACCCGAAAGGCGAUCAAUGACGUCGACGAUAUAUCUGGACAGGAGGAGGGGAGGGAGGAUGUCUCCGAUAAAAAAUUCAUCUUCCAACCUGCUAUACUGAUCGAAAUGGUCAACUAGAUUGCGGCCUCUUGGUAGUCGAUACGUCAGCGCACAUCAGCCAAGCACAAAGGUUUUCAAUCAAUAAAGAUCAGAGCACGCUCUAGUACAGGUAUAUGUAUACAGUGAGUACAUUCCCGGAGAACUUUCAAUCCUAUUCUUUCAGUAGUUGACCGACUUUGACGCCAAACAGACCCAACCAAAGCACCAGACGCCAAGUUGAAAACCUCAAAAGUGGAUGACGCCAUGUCGCAAAUCUUCUUCUGUACAAUCUACGAUGGCAAUGCAACUUUCGUUUACAAGUGCAAAGCUGAAACGGAGCUGUGUUGCGGACGGGGAUGCUGCCCCAUGAUUUCGUCGGCCAACAGCAUUUGGUCGCAGUGGUACUUUUGGUUCGGUAUCGCCAUAUUCGCCAUACUAGUGGUUGGUAUUUUCUUGACCCUGACGUCCAAUAGUUGUCGACCCCAACCGAUUUACACGGAAAAUGUCGGCCAUCAAGCGACUGCCUCUCGUUAUGGCAUCCGCCACAUUCUAGGAGUCCAGCAAUCUCGUGUGACUAAUGUUGCUCCCACCGGAGUGGUCUGCGGACCAACGGGUCUCAUUCAACCAGCAGCAAUCCAGUCGAAAUUCAGCUUACUAAACAGCGCUAAUAACAGGGAAAGCGUUGGAUUGGCUCCGCUUAGACCGCCGUAUCCGCUUCAGUUGAACGCUGGACGGUUCGAUCACUCGAUGGUUACCGACGACAUCGUUUAAACUGUCUUUGUAUAUGCAAUUUACUAUUUAUAAAAAUUUCUUUUAAAAACACAAAUCAAAAUGUAUACCCGCAAAAUGUGUUUCAAUUAGUGUCAAUGUGUUUUGUUUUAAAAAUAAGAAGACAAAUGAGAACUUGA